UUCCCUAUUCCCUCCCUUUAAAACCCUCUUCAUUGGUGGACUAAGUCAUAUAUCUCCUUAAAAUUAGUAUCUCUGCUUUCAUAUCUUAUUUCUUUCCAUGGCGAAGCAGCAAACACACAAAAUCAAUGCAAGCACUAACAAUAACAUUAGCACAACUAACACUGUCACCGCCAAGGUGAAACGAACAAGGAGAAGCGUCCCUAGAGAUUCCCCACCUCAACGCAGCUCAAUAUACAGAGGAGUCACUAGGCACCGAUGGACUGGCCGAUACGAAGCUCAUUUGUGGGACAAGAAUUGCUGGAAUGAGUCACAGAACAAGAAAGGACGACAAGUCUACCUCGGUGCUUAUGACGAUGAAGAGGCGGCAGCACAUGCUUACGAUCUAGCAGCAUUGAAAUACUGGGGUCAAGAUACCAUUCUUAAUUUUCCGUUAUCGACCUACCAGAAUGAACUGAAAGAAAUGGAGGGUCAAUCUAGGGAAGAGUAUAUUGGAUCACUAAGGAGGAAAAGCAGCGGUUUUUCUCGUGGAGUUUCUAAAUACAGAGGUGUUGCAAGACACCAUCAUAACGGAAGAUGGGAGGCUCGGAUUGGCAGGGUUUUCGGCAACAAAUAUCUUUACCUCGGAACUUACGCAACCCAAGAAGAAGCUGCCACAGCAUAUGACAUGGCAGCUAUUGAAUAUCGAGGAGUCAACGCUGUGACCAAUUUCGACCUCAGCCGCUAUAUCAAGUGGCUUAAGCCCAAUAAUAACAACACCACUGUCAACUCUAAUCUUAUUGACUCUAACCCUAAUUGUGAGACGAACUUUACCUCAAACUCUAAUCAACAACAAGGAUUCAAUUUUUUCAACAGACAAGAGUCAUUCAAUAAUGAAGAAGCGGCAAUGACUCAGCCUCGGCCAGCUGUUGCCACGUCAGCCCUAGGACUUUUGCUUCAGUCAUCCAAGUUUAAGGAAAUGAUGGAGAUGACUUCUGCUACAGAUUUGUCAACACCGCCGUCGGAGUCUGAGUUGCCGUCAUGCACAUUUCCCGAUGACAUUCAAACAUAUUUUGAGUGUGAAGAUUCCCAUAGAUAUGGAGAAGGGGAUGAUAUUAUGUUCAGCGUGCUCAACGGCUUUGUGCCCCCUAUGUUCCAUUGUGAUGACUUUUGAGGCUUGAAGCUGAUCUAAGUGUCCAAAUGCACCCGGACAACAAAAAAAGAUUAAGUGAAGUUGUUUGUUGAUUUCUCUUUUUUCAUUGAUAACUUAGGCUUAUUCUCAGUCCUGUGAAUAUGAAGCAUUAAUUUGUUGACAACAAGACCAAUAAGAAAAUAACAAGAAGAAGAUUGUUUUAUUUGGGAAACUGAUCUUGGAUUAGUAAUCAUGGUGAGAGGAGGAUGUCAACUUGUUCAUUUGUUGUAUUUGUAUAGAGAAUAAGCAUCUCAAAGAAAGAGCAAAACAAAAGAUGCAAAAUGAGUACUCACGUAAUCUUGUAUCAUCUCCUUAAUAUAUCUUUUUUUUUUUUAAGUU